GUUUUUUAAUUCUAAUAUUUAAAAUUGUUUUUGUCAGCUCGUUUGGCUACCGCAUUUAUCAGCCUCUAUAAAUAAAUCCCAGCUCUAUUAGGACCUUUCUCCCUCGUGGCGCCGAUCUUACUGCCUUCAUCUCUCUGAGGAUUCCCCAUAGGCGUUUUGCUGUGAAAUUCGGAUCUGCUUCAAAGAUGAAUCACUUUAACCUUCAGCAGAACGCCUUUGCAGUCGGCAGCGAAGAGAUGAGGAGCUCCGUUUCAAUCAAUGAUCUGAAGGGACCGAUUGUUUGCCCAAAGCCUAGGCGCGUUGGGGUUUUGGCCCACAAUCCUUUAAGGCCCUUGAGGUGGCACAUGAGUCAUCAAGCAGAGGUUUGUGAUACAAAGGCCGGAGCGGAGCUUCUUGAUAUUAUUCUCAUGAAGGAGGCUCGUGGGGCGGAACAAUCUCCAACCCCGUUCUCCUCAUCACCACCGUAUUUUUAUGGGUCUCCUCCAAGCAGAUCUGACAACCCAUUAGUCCAAGAUGCUCGAUUUGGAGAUGAAAAGCUCACUCCUAUUUCACCACUGUCAAUACCAUCUCCGUCAGGUGUAUCAUCUCCAUCAUCAUCUUCACGCAAAGGAGGUUGUGUUAGAAUGAAGUAUGGCCUCAAACCCGCCACAGUUAGAGUAGAAGGUUUUGAUUGCCUCAACAGGGAUCGCCAGAAUUCCAGCAUCCCUGCUGUUGCGUAGAACUCCAUUACACGAAGUGUACAUAGAAGGAAGCCAAAUGCAUUAAAAACACAGCAGACUUAACAAGAAGAGGGAAUUUUGCAUAUUUUUGGAGAGCAUUAAGAUCUUCUGUUAGUAGUGUAUAUAUCAUCAUAUGUUUUGUUGGUGAUUAUCUCAUUGAUAGUUCUCUGUAAGUAAGGACAUUGGAGACAGCAAGCCUUGUGUUGUUGAGAAAAGGUUUGAAUAUGUGGGAGAGCAUGGUUGUUUUGUAAUAUAGAAGAUGGGCUUGUAUGGGGUGUGUCUCGAUUUUUAGGUGAUCACCAAAAAAAAUCUGUAUAGAGGGGUAUGGUGAUUUAUUUUUGGUCGUUUACCCUGUAAAUUUAUUGGAUAAUUGCUAAUUGUCUACUAGUUCCUAUUU